AUGAGUGUCAUGGCUUCCGCGGCGCCCGCCCACCAGCAGGCUACCGCUCCCCACUGCGCACUGCUCCCCCGUCCCUACCCCACCCACACCUUCGCCGUCGGUGACCUCCUCACCGACCUCCGCCAUCCCACCACCACCACCCUCCGCACCGAGGCUCUCAGCACCAAGGACUACGACGACACGCGCCUGACGGCCUACUACAAGGACGUCGCCUCCAUCUCGCCCGCGACGGGCAACUUCACGCGCUCUCUCGGCGGCGAGCUGCUGAUCAAGAAGCCGAAGCGCGCCCACACGCGCUUCUGCAGCAUCUCGGCCGAGAAGGCCUCCGUCCGCGCGCUCAAGGACCCCUUCAACGCCUUCGAGAAGAGCGUCAAGGCCCCCGACGCCGCCGGCUGGCUGCUGCGCGCCGCCAACGCCCACUCGCCGCUGUACUGGGUCGCCGCCGUGCGCGAGCUGACCAACGCGAGCUACGCCCACGCCGCCGCCGCCGACGCCGGCAACGGCCUGCUCACCGUCCGCCGCACCAGCUUCUCCGAGCAGCAGCACGCGCAGGACGCCGAGGAGGACGAGAACGGCGACGUCGACGGCGAUGCCAUGCGCGCCAAGAUGGGCGGCUUCCGCCGCCGCGACUCGGCCUUCGAGGAGCCCACGCGCACCAAGACGGACGUGCUCGGCGCCGAGAUCCGCGAGUGCAGGGUCAAGGUCAUCAAGGACAUGGCCGGCUCGCCCACGAGCCCCCACGAGCGCCGCGCCAGCAUGCCCAAGUGGCGCUGGACCUACGUCGCUGUCAAGAACGAGAAUGGCGAGGAGGUGCAGCUGGCCGUCGGACUCGGCGCCCCGCUCGACCAGGAGGAGGUUGCCGACCUCUGGGAGGAGGGCGAUCUCGACGAGGAAGAGGAAGAGGAAGAUGAUGAUUGA